AACGCGCACAGUUCGCCAGCACGCAGGCGCAACAGUAACCAGAGAGGAAUUUCUAACGCGCCCAAUUAAAUACUCCUACGUACAUAACUGCAUAAAGGCAGACUCAUACAUACACACACAUACAUACGUACAUAUGUAUAUAGGCAGACUCGCAUAUUUCUUUAUACAGACAACUAAGUGCAACGAAAAAAAAAAUAAAAAACAAAAAUCCGCCCUACUGGCACGCGAAUUCGAGUGCAACAUUUUAGCUGUCACGCAUGAAUUUUUAUUAAACACCGCUAAGUGGCUGGUAAAAAAUUGCCGAUAGUUAAGAAGACAAUAAAAACAAAAAAAAACGUAAUACACCAAAACGUUUUUUCAACGAAUUCAACUUCAUAGGCGUUAUUUGAAUUUUCCACUCGAGUGCUCCCUCCACUCAUACCAGACAAGCAACAGCGCAACUGGCACGCCGCAGUGAUCAAUCAGCAACAGUCGUCGAUAAGCAGCAAUCGCAUACGCGUGCGCAUGCGCGUCUAGUGAAAACUCUGUGUACAUUUUCUGCAUUUUUAGCGAAUUUAGCCAGUUUUGCUUUUUAAUUGCCACCGUUUGGCUGCCUGCAAGCAAAACGCGAGGCGAGUGUGAUUGAGCGUGAGAAAGCUCGUUGUGUUUCAAUUUCCAACCAGCCAAGCAGCUUCACAGAGCCGCUGCUGACAUAGAUUCAGUGUGCCGGCAACGCAAACAUCAACAAGAUCAUUGUCGAACGUACAGUUAUUUAGAGACUCGUCUGUAAUUUAUUAUUGCGCUUGUGAAGAAGAAAGAAGAAAGUGAAAUGAAGAUGCGUCUAUUCGUGUCCUGCCUCGUGUUGUUCAGUGUGAUAUGGCAUUGUGUGCUGGCGGCCAGCGCUGCAACUGUGGGCCUCUAUGCGCCCGAUCGCUAUAACGGCAUACCGGAAACAUGUCUUUUGCCCAUGGACUUUGGCUAUUGCCGAGCCAAAGUGAAGCGCUACUAUUUCGAUAUGCGUCGCAUGAAAUGCGCCAUGUUCUACUUUGGCGGCUGUGCGGGCAACGUCAACAACUUCAAAACGUUGGAGGAAUGCAAUCGCGUAUGCCUGGAUGGUUAUGGUGAUUAUGACAGCCCGAAUGAUGUGGUAGCCGUCAACAAAGUAAGCGGACGUGAUUACCGAAGUCGCGGCACUGUGAACAGCAGCAGCAGCAGCAGCAGCAGCAGUGGUAGCAGCGCCACUGCCAGCACCAGCUAUCGCGGUGCCAGCAACAGUAACAAUAGCGGUGGCGGUGGCAGCGGCGGCAGCAUUAAGAAUAACACGUCCGCAACCAGUUUUGGUGGCGGCAUUAGCGCUGUGGAUGCGAGCUACAAGAACAGCUACAACAAGUACAACAGCAACAUUGGCAGCAAUGUAAAUGGCAAUAAUAGCGGGAGCAGCAGCAGCAUUAAUGGCGUGAACAAUAGCACAAAAAUCAUACGAAAUAGAAGUGAUGACAAUCUCGAUGAAUACGAUUACGAGGAGAUUUGAAUGGAGCGCUCGUUGGUCGUAGUGAAACACACAAAAAUAAAACACAAACACAAUACAAAGUAAUUUCCUUCAUGCGCUGCUGCCAAAUAACUUUUUACUAUUUUUUCUAUAUCAUUUUUGUUACAUACAUAAAUAUUUAUGAUAACUAUAAAUUAACUUUGCAAUAUCUCGUUGGUAUGAUGCGCAAAAAAAUUUAAAUAUUGUUUAAUUUCGCGCACCAAACAAAAAACAGAUGAGAAAAUAACGCUAAAAAUAAAUUAUUUUCGACUUUGUA